AUGGCGGGAGCCAGUCUAGCAUCUCUAGGCAUCACAACGUCCGAAGCUUUCAUCAGGAAGCUCAAGGGCGCCGCAGACCCAGUGCAGUGCGGCGGCGCUGAGGUCGGCCAGGCGACUUGUUCGCAUACAGCCUUGCCAAAGAUUGACCUCGCCGCUUUGGCAUGGCGCGAGCGUCAUCAAGGCCUACAAAUCCCUCGACUGGCGCCACUACUCGUCGAGUGGGUGCUGGACACACUCUCCAAUUCAGCGAAGCAGGCUUCCAAGGCUAAGCAGGACAUCUCUUCCAAGUCACCCCUCGGACAACCUGCCUACUGGCAUCUUCUUACCGAGCUUCUCCACGAGCCUGCGCUCAAGGGAGCAUCCUAUACCGCGCUCUCCCCUCGUCUGACACCGCAAUCGCUCCUUCUUAUUUCAUCAUGCCUACUUAAGCUCGACUUCACAUGUACGCAGGCAUGUCUUCCAACAGCCUCGACUUCUAUCGCCCCACUGCUGGGCCAGGUCGCAGCACAUCUCUCCUCAUCAUCCCGCUCCAGCAUCGACGAAUUCUUCACUACGGCCUGUAAAAAGACGAGCGACCUGUCAAAAAAGCAUGCUGAAGCAGCCGCGGGCAUCGCUGCCCUUCUCCAAGCUUUGCACGCGCCAUUCAAUGAGGCCGCGCUGGAAAAUUCUGCCUUGAGCGUCAAGUCGCUGCAGGCAUUGGACAUCGAUGAGCUUGCGAAGGCCUCAACUCGCAUGUCCGCGCUGAGCGAGAGUGAUGAGCUUUUCGAUGUCCUGCAGCAAACCAUCUGGCAGUGGGCGGAUAGCACACUCUUCAACGUCCAUGCGCUUCGCUCUCAGCUACUGCCGGCGUCCGCGUCCUCGUCAUCGCCAAACUGCGUUCGGUCCAUUGCACACUUAGGCAGUGAAGUAGCAGUCAGCAUCCUCCCUCGCCUGAUUCGUUCGGCGUACCGCAGCGCAAAGCUACACAGCAGCGACUUGGCCAACUCGCUGCGCAACCAUGCCCGUAAAGCCGCCAAUGCAGAGGCGACCGAAGGAGACGAAGCGAUCGCGCCGGAAGUUGCUGCAAUGAGCUUGUACGAAGCCUUCCAAGACGCCAUGCUAGCGCCUGCCCUCGCCCUGACGUCCUCGCCCGACGCAAGCGCCAAGGUCAUCGCUGUUCGCUCGGAGCUGUUGGACAUCACAGUACAGACCGGGCUCGCGGCCCACCUCUCAAGGACCCCGGUAUGGUCCGCAAUGCUGCGGAAGACAAUGGGCGCCGUCCGCUCCACUCUCGAAGCUGGUGGUAUUACACAGUUGAAAGACGAGCAUUCGCUCACCAGCCUAAAGCUGCUCUGGAAGCUUGAUCAGGACCUAAUCCGAGAGCAGCUUAGUGCAAUCAUCCUGUGUGUCCUGCGCAAGCCGAUCUCUCCGGACGUCCGCUCGAGCGUUCAGAGCCUCUUCAACGACCUGUUCGACGGAUUUGCGAGGGUGCAAGAGCUGCCGGAGCUCCUGCGGCUGAUUCAACGAUCAAUUGCACAGUGCGACGCCGUUGUCUUCGACAACGAAGCUGCUCUGGACUCAACGUGGUUCAACAAAGCAAUUGGUCGUGCCGUGCGCGUUCAGCUGCCGCCUACGCAAAUAGUCGAGGUGCUCCAAGACCUGGCUACUUCACUCGAAAUGGCAUGCGACUCAUCCUCGGAGGACGAAGCCUCGACACCUAGCAUGAAGAGGGGCCAUGAGGGUGAUCCUGUGGCGCCUUUUGCCCGACAGACCAACCUUCUCAAGACCGCCCACCCGAUUGUGGCAUCUCUGCCGGUCCCUGCUGCGCUCAUUGAAGCAGCGUCUCCCUCCCUCGAACGCAUCGUCUCAGUCUUGCGUCGAUGCAUCAAAAGCGCUCUCGGCUCAGUAGAUAGCGGCAAGACGAAGCGAACAAAGUUCGCAAAGUCUAACAAGGCAGCUGGCGGGCAGUCAAGAGAAGCAUUCCAGGUCGUUGCUAGCGCUCUGUGGUCAUAUUGUGGCCUCUGUGCCGGACAGAAAGCAUCUUCUUCUGAGCAAUCGACCAAUGAUGCUACCACAUCUCGAGACCACUUCAACAUCCUGGACGACCUCUGGCUCGAGCUCUUCACCGCUCUCGCAAACCAUGAAGACUCUACGGUGCGCCUGGAAAUGGCACGGAUGCUCCUCUUCAAGUCUGAACAAGCUCUGGAGAGGGGUGUCGAGGAUCCUUUCUACCUUACCUCCGCCUCCGUCCUUCCCUUCUGGAGAAGUACAGUCCAAGGACUCUGCGACGACGCCGCUGCGCAAACCUCAUCGCAGGCACCACUUUGGGACAUGCUUGCCCGCCGUUGGAUCCUUGUCUUGGAGCACGCAUGCGAUGAGGCCUCUCUGGAGCGGCUGGCGGGAUUGCUCAUCUCGACUCUCAAGCCUUCCCAUGUGCAUUACAGGACGAGCUCACUCGCUAUUGUUUCGAGCGCCGAAUUCUGGGAGAUGAAGAGGUGGAGAAAAGCGGCUGUGGCUGCGAUUCAGGGAGACGAGAAGGCGCUGCCUGCCUUGAUGCACCUGCCUGUGCAAUACCUUCCCUCGAGCGUACGAGAGGGUCUCCUCCUUUCAGCACUGCAAGUGAAAGACAGGGGCGAUACGACAGAGCAAGACGAGAUCGCCAUUAAGCAGUGGCUCUGCUCUCUUCUUUCACGGGAGGGUGGGCUCAGCGAGAAGGCGCAACAGGCUCUUGCGCAGCGCUUGACGAGCUUUGCGACUUCGAAGAAGGCAAGCGCUAGCGAGAGCCUCCUCCUAGUUAGCACGCGCCUCUUUCAGCUUGCCCUCAAGCAUCUCAUCCUUUCCCGUCAUAUGACCGGCUCAUUGCUGCAAAGCAUAGUCACCUCCGUGUCGGCGAAGGACCCUCAAUCUCUGGGCAGGCUGGUCGAGACGCUCAUUGAGACGUCAUCGACGCAGGCGGUCAAGGAGAUUCAGGUGCCCGACCUCUGCGACUUGUCGAGGGCCCAGAUGGCUGUGCAGGCUCUGGAAACCGCUGAGCCAUUAGGGUCCAUCAGCGAACUGGCUUCGCUUUUCGACCAGUGUAGGCUAGCCCUCACGCUCGCUGCGGUGCAAGAGAAAGACCUCGAGGCUCGCAAAGAGCUGGGCGGUGUCUGCGUUGCCAACAUCUGCUCUUCCUCAUUGGUAGCGAAGCUCUCUAAGCCUCUCGCUCAUGCUUCAGAGGAAGCGGCGCAGGCCUUUCUGAGCGCCUUCGCUGCUCUUUUGGCCAGCUGCGCCGAGCAGCAGCUCGUCGCACCGGUCAGCAUCGGCGCUCGAAGUGUGUUGACCUGGGCGAGUCUUCUCGCCACUAGGCCUCCCCUCAUUUCACUAGCUGCUCUGCCCAAGGAUGUCGAGUCGCCCUUCUCCCACUUCUUGGCUCGCCUCACGCCCGAAGCAUACGAAGGUGCCUUGCAUGCCCUCAACAAGGCUCUGGAUCAUGUCGGCGGAGGCGGCGAGGACGCUCAGCUCAACCUUUGCGCCCUGCUCUACACACUCGGCUUGACCCUGCGUACCGCCCCGCCGAAGACUCUGAGCGUGGCGCAGCGGUACUUUACUGCGGCGCUCGCCAGGGUGCAGACGGCCACUCUGACCGCCGCCCGCACGGCGGUGGAAAAUCCUUGGAGCUCGAGCGAGACGCUCCUCUCGUGCCUGCGGAUGCUCGAAGCUGUGGCCACGGGCCGCGCUCUCGCCUUCCGACCUGUCGACGUCAACCUCGUCUUGUCCCUGCUUUCCAGCUUAAUGGCAGGACAGGGCUCGAGUAUCACUCGCUCACCUCGCAGGCAGCACUCCAGCAUCUCGCGACUCGAGAUAGCCAAGUCCAUCUUCAGCAGCAUCAUCUCCAUUCUAAGCAGCCUCGUCCGACUGCGCAGAGAGCUGCUCGUUCCCCUGCUGCCGCAGCUGGGUAUCGUGCUGGCGCAGAUUGCUCCGCUAUUCAGGCGUUCUCUGCCUCAGGCGUCAAGUAGGCAGAAGAAGAAUUUGGUGGAGGGGAUGCCAAGAUGGUUGACCGUGGCUGUUGAAGGGGACGACGACGCAAGAGCAAGACCAGCGAUGAGUGAUUCAGCUGCCAACAUUCCCUUUGUCCUUGCUCUGGGCGCGAAUGAGGCACGCGAUUUCUCACGUCUGCUCGAAACCAUCUCAGCCAAAUCGACAAGCACAUCCAGCGGCCCCUUUGGUGGCUCUUUGCCUUUGCGCAAUGGCGGGAAAGCAAAAGCUGCAGCAUCAAUCGACUCUCUCUCCCGCCCCUUCUCCAAGCACGCGGCCUACGUGAUCCUCAGCUACGUCCAUGCGAUCCUCCAGCCUGGGUGCUACAUCGAUGCGGCAGUGAAACGGGAGCUGCUCGGAGAUACAGCUGGCACAACCAACUCUAGUAGACGACGCGGAGGCGGCGUUGGUGCCAUUGUGGAGUCAGGCAGCGCUGGAGGAAGAGGGGGUGGCCUGACGAACUUGUGCGGCAUUCUCGGAGGAGGGACGGCGGAGCGUGAUUGGAUUCUGGCCAACGACGAUCUACUUUCUUCCGGCCACAUGGGGCCUGGAGGCAGCAGUGGUAGUGCAGAGGCGGGCAAGGCUGUCUUCAAGGAUAUUUGGGCCAGGUACGAGGCGGCGAGAUAUCGUGGCGACUAG